GAAAUCGAAAGGUUUUUCAUUUGAAGUGGAGAGAGGGGGAAAUAGAGCGGAGCUAGGGUUUUACAUUCUCGUUCUUUUUCUACUGGAAUUAAUGGCAGAAGAAACUCCCAGUUCAGGAAUUGAAGGUUCUAACAUGGAGCAAAACCAGAAUUCUGUUGAAGCCACCAUCGAAUCGGAGGUUCUAGGCGGCGCGGCGGAAUCUACGUGCAACAAUGCUGAGAGCUCGGCAGGGGCGUCCGGCGAAAAGAACGAAAACUCCCUGGAAAAAGCCGAAGAUUUGAUGGACCGUGGUUCAAAAGCGGCGAAGGAGAACGAUUACGCCACCGCCACCGAUUUGUACAGUCGUGCACUGGAAAUACGGGUGGCGCUUUUUGGUGAACUCGCACCGGAAUGUGUCCACGCCUAUUACAAAUACGGGUGCGCGCUCCUUUACAAAGCUCAAGAUGAGGCUGAUCCUUUGGGUACUGUUCCGAAGAAGGAAGGUGAAGUGAAGGGUGAUUCUGAUAAAGAAGGAUCUGUUAAGAGCGUUACUGGUGAAUCGUCCACAACUACUACUGUUGCCAACAACACAGAAGGAGAAACUGCUGAUGAGGGAAAAGAUCAGGAAGAAGAUGAUGAGGAGAGCGAUGGUGAAGAUGUGGCUGAAGGUGAUGAGGAUGAAUCAGACUUGGAUUUGGCCUGGAAAAUGCUGGAUGUUGCGAGGGCAAUCGUUGAAAAACAUUCAGGGGAUACCAUGGAAAAGGUAGACAUAUUAUCAGCUUUAGCUGAAGUUGCUUUAGAAAGAGAGGACAUUGAAACUUCACUCAGUGAUUAUCUGAAAGCAUUGUCCAUCUUAGAGCGUCUUGUUGAACCAGACAGUCGUCAUCUGGCUGAACUAAACUUCAGGAUAUGCCUGUGCUUAGAAAUUGGUUCUAAACCCGAGGAAGCCAUUCCAUUUUGCCAGAAGGCUAUUUCUAUUUGUAAGUCUAGAGUAGAGAGGCUUAAAAAUGAGGCUAAUGAUCUGGUCACCUCAACCUCAAAAGUAAACGAAUCCGAAUCUGGCCAAACCCUUCAACAGUCAUCCAGUACUACCCAAUCUGCUAUUUCGGCUGCUGAUAAAGAAUCAGAGAUUGAAACACUCACUGGUCUCUCAGUUGAACUGGAAAAGAAGGUCUGGAUAACCCUGUCACUUUCUUUGUUGAAUUUUGUUUGAAUAUAUCUGCCUUGCUUAAUGAUAAUUAUUGCUGGAAUUGCAGCUUGAGGAUUUACAACAGCUUGUUUCCAACCCAAAGUCUUUUCUUUCUGAUAUCUUGGGGAUGAUGUCUGCAAAGGCUAAAGAAGCUAGUAACACUGAUGCUGCUCCUGGAACAAGCUCCUCACGGAUGGCUGUCGCUGGCAGUAAUGGAAGUUUCGACUCUCCAACAGUGUCGACUGCUCACACAAACGGUGCCGCUGGAGUAACACAUCUUGGUGUAGUGGGGAGAGGAGUGAAGCGAGUGCUGAUGAAUUCUGCUGGUUCUGAAUCCGUGAAAAAACCAUCCGUAGAGCCUGGACAAAGUAAUAGCGAUAGCAACGCUCCAUGAGAGCUGUAGCGUGUUGGAUCUCCUUUAUCAAGUUAUUCUAUUUUGAGAUUUAGAAGUCAGUAGUGAGGAAAUGGUGCAAGUUCUAUUUGCUGCUAGUAUUGCUUUGGAUGAGACCAGCGGUGAAACAUUUACGACUUUGGAAUAUCUAUGUGUAGAAUGAUAGGUAUCAUCCUUGUGAAAACCUACUUUAUUUCUAAUUAUUAAAUCUGAUAUUCGACUCUUAUGUUGCUUCUGACCACAUGAUACUUACCAUGGAAAGUGAAGUUAGUAUAAUGCGCUUAUUGGUAAAUGGUAGCCUUUGCUCAGCUUUAGUAAUUUCAGGUUCAGUUAU